AUGAUUGGUGUAGCUGCACCAAGCGGAGUAGGUAACGUAAGGACGCGCCUGUCCCAGAGUACCAUUAAUUUUCAUUCUCGCGUCACAACGUUCCGCUGUGAUAAAAAGAAGCGCCAACUGUGGUCUCACACCGUUGCCAGCAUGAUUAUUCGACACUUGAGAGGCUGGCAGCCUGUUGGCCUCGGGGUCAAGUUGUGGAACACCAUCAGGACUAACUACUAUCUUGGUUUCACCUCAUUCGGAGGGCCUCCAGUGCAUUUCAAAACCUUCCAUGACAAAUUCGUCCUGAAGUUGCUAUGGAUCGAUGAGCAAGUGUAUCAAGAGCUAUUCAGUGUAUGCCAGGCCUUCUCUGGUCCUGGUAGCACCAAGAUGCAUUAUUGCAUCAACCUCAUCCAUGACGGCUUCCUCCCUGCAUUCCUAGGCUUUUUAAUCUGGAGCCUCCCCGGCGCCCUCGGAAUGUAUGGCCUCUCCAUUGGCGUCUCGAACAUUGGGGAUACUCUCCCCGGCCCUGUUUAUGCCCUACUCUCCGGCCUGAACGCCUCAACCGUUGGCAUCAUUGCGGUCGCCGCUGUUCAAUUAUCAGAAAAAGCCAUCAACGACAAAAUAACACAUGUACUCGUCUUGCUCAGCGGUGCAGCUGGUAUCCUAUACAAUGCACUAUGGUACUUUCCCCUUCUAAUAUUCCUGGCCGGCAUUACAACCAUCGUCCACGACUAUCGCUGGCUUCACAGUCCCAUCAAAGCCGUUUUGACCGCUAUAAGGAACCCCAGGAGACGGCUCCUGCCAGAGGAGACGGAAUCUGUCCAGCUUUCACGGGCACAGUCUGUGUCCCAGAACACUGCCACUGCCACAGGUACUUCAGAUCCUGCUAAAGAGCGGAAUGGAGCAGGGACCCGGCCAAGUCGGGGAAACGAUACGGAAACCCUUCCAAUGACUGAGAACGAGGGUCCAGGCCCCGAAUCAGGACCACGCGUGGUCCCGCGUGAACGGACUCUCGAUUUCUCGUGGACAUUCGGCCUCGGCAUAAUUGGGGGUUUCCUCGUCACUUUUGUUGUCGUUAUGAUUCUCCGUGGCGUGUUGCCCGCCAAGUCGCACCUUUUCAGUUUCUUUGCAAACAUGUACCUCGCAGGAACUAUUAUAUUCGGCGGAGGACCUGUUGUUAUCCCCUUGCUUCGCGAAUACGUCGUUGCCGAAAGUUGGGUAAGCCCAAGGGACUUUCUCAUUGGUCUCGCCAUCCAGCAGAGCUUCCCAGGCCCUAACUUCAACUUCGCCGUGUACCUCGGCUCCCUGACUGCGAUCAACAGUGGUUACAACUCGGCUGCCGGGGCAACACUCGGAUUCAUUGGCAUCUUUGCCCCGGGUCUCAUUACGAUACAUGGCACGAUGGGCAUAUGGAAUGCUAUCCGUGGCCUAAGAUGGGUGAAGUCCCUUCUUAGGGGCGUUAAUGCUGGUGCUGUCGGACUCAUCUACACUGCAGUCUACCGCCUAUGGCAGAUUGGAUACAUUGACGAAAGCUUCCAGCAAGGCACGAGUCUUGCUCAGGAGCCAUGGUGGGUUGUUGUGACGGCGUCGAGCUUCGUUUUUGGCUACUCUUUUGGCGUGAGCCCUCCGAUUGUUAUCGUUAUGGGUGCUAUUCUAGGCCUUGUUUGGUUUGCGAUUGUCAUGGUUUAACUUGGCAUCAGAACAGUGUCUCGACUACUU